CUCUUAUUAGUAAGUGAUUUAAAAAAAAUUAGAGCUAUUAUUGAAAAAGAGGUUAGUGAAAAUAUGAUAGAUAAUAAGGAAAUUGAUACUAAAAACUUUGAAAGGUUUUCCAAAGAAGAUUUUGAAAAUUGCUUAAAGAAGAGUUUUGAAAAAAACUCUGAACAAGAUUUUGAACAAUUCAAAGAAGAAUAUUAUAUGAAUUUAGAAAAUACUCAGAAAAAGAUUUUGAUGAAA